AUGAGCCUCUCUGGACUGCCGGGCGAGAUUAUCCAGUUGAUAGCAGGGCACUUGGAUACCCAGCGUGCAAUCAACGCCCUUGCACAAACCAACCGUUUACUCUACUCCCAGCUAAACUCCGUUCUCUACCGCUAUCACGUGCAACAUUAUAUCCCAUCACCGGCUCUAGCAUGGGCUGCAGAAAACGGCCAACUGGGCGCUCUGGUGAAGCUGCUCCAGGCAGGUGCUGAGAUCCCACAGGUUGUCAGACCUAUUACCAAUCAUCCGAUCGCCAAAGCCGCAGCCAACGGCCACGCGCAGAUUGUUGAGAUUUUAUUGGACGCGGGAAUGCGCGACUGGCUGCAAGGGAUAGACUACAAUAUACUUCUCAGACAUGCAGCAGUAGAGAAUCGCAUGGGGGUCGUGUUGUUACUCCUCAGCCGGGGCGUCGACCCAUGGUACAUCGUAGGCCCCUCCACAAUCUGCUGGGCUGCACACGGCGGACAUGCGGAGCUGGUCCGAUUACUAUUAGACAACGUCGAACGGCGCGGAUUGUGGCCCGCCGUCAAGAGCCGCGAGCUCGGAGAAGCACUGUGUGCAGCUGUGAAACGAUCCCAUAAUGAGGCUGUCAUUCGCAUGUUGCUCGACGCGGGUGCCGAGGUGAAUUUCCAGAGGGACGAUAACAUCACCACUCCGUUGGAUAUAGCGGCCAACUUCAAACAGGUGUCUGCGACAAAGCUUCUGCUCGAGGCUGGCGCGAACCCGAAUAUGACUAAGAGCGACAGAGGGGGGCCCCUUGCUAGCGCAACCGUAUGGGAGCCGAUGCCCAGCUCAGCCUGGCUCUGGCCUCCAGAAAAGGGGCAUCGUACAGGCCGUCGGGGGGUAAGAAUUAAGAAAGAGCCCAUUGUACUGGUCGAUACCCUGGCUCAGGAAUUGCAUAGACAGCUCCGCUCGUCGCCUCAGGAAAUGAAGGAGAGGCAGAUGGCAGUGGUCCGACUGCUUUUCGAGUAUGGGGCGGAUCCUGCUUGCGCCGGGGGCGGUUCGGCGCUGCACAAUGCAUUGAGCAGUCGGAAUUACGAGAUGGCUCACUUCCUUCUCGAAAGGGGUGUCUACAUGCGAAUACCAAAUCUGGAUCCUUUCGACCAAACAGUCUUGGACCGAGCAGUGGCAGAGCGCGACCUCGAGACAAUCAUCAGAUUGACCCCGUCGAAUUGGUCCCUCAUAUGCUCUCCACAAUUCCAGCAAUGA